AUGUUCUACGGCGGCACCGUCUUCGCGACCGGCUGGGUCGUCCGUACCGUGUCGACGCACUAUGCCCAAAGUCUCGGCCUCUACAUUGCCCAAAUUGUUAUGAUCCUCGCCGGACCGCCAAUCUACGCGGCAGCAGAGUACAACGUCUUGGGUCGGUUGAUGCAUUAUUUGCCCAUGCAUGCUCUCCUCAAUCCAUCCCGCGUCUUCGUCUUCUACAUCGUCCUUGGCGUAACCGUCGAAACAUUAACCGGAAUCGGAGCGGGCCAGGCAGUGCCUGCGCAGCCUGGAACCUCACGAUACGUCGUGGGAGGCACUUUGAUGGCGGUCGCUCUCUUGCUGCAAGCAUGUAUUGAGAUGAGCUUCAUCACCAUGGUCGCCAUCAUCCACCGACGCUGCGUCCGGAGUGGGAUGCUCACCUCCAACAUCCGAACUGUCUGCUACACUCUCUACGGCACCAGCUUCCUGAUUCUCGCUCGCUGCAUCUUCCGCGCCGUCGAGACCUUCCUGAGCUACGGCCCGCAAUGCGAACAAUACCACUGCGGCCCAAUCGCAAACAACGAGUGGUUCCUCUACGUCUUCGAGGCUGCGCCAAUGGUUCUGUAUACCUACUGGCUCAAUUUCUUCCACCCCGGCCGCUUUUUGCCGAUCGAGCACAGGAGGUUCUUGGACCCUGAUGGGCAGACCGAGAGGAUGGGUCCGGGAUGGAUUGACGAUCGUACAAGGUCGCAGAGGCUUCUCGAUCCCUUCGACUUCAAGGGUGCGCGGUCGGGUCGUUCUGAGCAGGCGAUGUUUUGGUUGCGCCCGGAGGAGUGGCCGACAUGUCAGGAUGGGUGUUUUGCGCUGGGCACGGCGACGAACAUUGGAAAGAGCGCUCGUCUGGGGAAGCAGAAGAACGAGAAGGCAUCUGCAAUUCAGAGCGAGCCGGCUUGA